AUGCGCUUUGUUUCCGGAGUGACCGGCGCACUGGCGCUGGUCUCUGGUCUUGCUCUGGCCGCGCCCAACCUUGCGCCGCGGGCACCGACGACUGAAGAGAUGCAGAGCGCGAAGAGCGUCGACGACUUCCGGGACCUGGCUAUGCAGGCUUUGGAAUCUCAGCAGGCCGAUCUCCAGCGCCGCGGUGAACAGGGUACAUGCACUCUUGAAAACGCCCGCGUUCGACGUGACUGGGAGCACAUGGGUAAGUGCGAGCGCAAGGAGUACAUCAAGGCCGUCAAGUGUCUUUGGGACCUCCCAGCCGUCGACACCGAGUUCUCCGCCGCACAAAACUAUUUCGAUGAAUUCGUGGCCAUUCACGCCAACGUGACGGACUUUGUCCACGGUACUGCCAAUUUCUUCACGUGGCAUCGAUACUUGAUUGCCCUUUGGGAAGAUACUCUUCGCGAUCAGUGCGGAUACAAGGGCGCUCUCCCGUACUGGAACUGGUACAAAUACCAAUCCGCCCUUCACCUUUCUCCCGUGUUCGAUGGCAGCGACACCAGCUUUGGUAGCACGGGCGAAUACUUCCCUCACAAUGGGAGUCUCGUCGGCAGCAGGACGGUGCACCUGCCCCCUGGAGAGGGUGGCGGCUGCAUCAAAGAUGGUCCAUUUGUCGGCUACACGAUCAACAUCGGCCCUAUCCGCCCUGCGAUGAACGGCUACGAGCCCUGGAUGAAAGACCAGCGAGACUAUAACCCUCGCUGCCAGCGCCGCGAUCUCGUCCAUGCUGCCUCGGAACGCUACACGUUCGACGGUCUCUUCGAUCUUCUUGCCGGCGAUCACUCGCACACCAUUGAGCUCAUGCAGAACAAGUUCCAGGAAGCCGGUACGCUGAGCCAGCACGGCGCCGGCCACUACGCCAUGGGCGGUGAUGGGUCCGACGUCUUCACCUCACUUAAUGACCCGGCCUUUUACCUGCACCACGCCAUGGUCGACAAGCUGUACUGGAUGUGGCAAGCCCUUCACCCCAAGGAGGCCAACACCGUCGCCGGAACGCUGACGUACAUGAACAUUAUCCCCAGCCGCAACGGCACUGUCGAGGAUGAGCUUGAUGUCGGUAUUCUCGGCCCGCACUUGAAGAUCACGGACACCUUCAACACCUUGGGGGGGACUCCCUACUGCUACAUCUACGAGUAA